AGUCGCCGCCCCUCGUGAAGCCAUGGUCCGAAACGGCAUCUUGGUUCCAUGUCCCACCCGUCCCUCGCCUUUAUUGUCAUCAUCUUUCGGUUCACAACAAGAUCGUCACCGUUCUCCAACGAAGAAAUCCAGCGUUCAGAAUAUUCCACGCGUUUAACUUUACAGGCGCGAAUUUGUGACAAGUUCCAUGUACUUUGUUAAUGGAGGACAUAUGGUGCUGCCUAACUCACUCACAGACGCCGGAUUCGCACCCAUCUUGAAGAAAGAGAGCGUUGAGGUUUGGUUUUCAUCGGUCCAGUGAAACCCUAGCCCGUUCUCUCUUCUUUUCGUCCGAUCUCAUACUUUUCCUUUCAUUUCUGGAUUCGAAUACCUUUAUCGCAACGGAGAUCCUCAUAUCUUUCGAUUUCUCUUUAGAUUUAGGAAUCCCAGAAAUCAUAACAAAAUUUGAUUUCUGGUUGCGAAGAUCUAGUCUAGAGUUUGAAGGGGAAGGAGAUAGCGUACUUUGAUGUAUGGCAUCUGGCCCUCUGUCAGAAGGCGACGUCGAUGGCUCUCGUGAGAAGCGGCGUUGGGUGGAGAACAAGGUUUACACCCGAAAAGCCCACAACAAAACCCUCAAGCCCAACCCGAAUCAAAACCCCUUGCCUCUCACUCAAAUCCAGCCCCCUUCUUCGCAGCAAGCCCUAACCACGACCACCGAUGGCAUCAAUUCCCCUCUCCAGCAGCAGAAACCACCGCAGCAGUCUCUGGAGAACCCUCAGCCAGCAGUGCCCCAACAGUUAUCUACUGCCUCUGACUACGUGGCCUCCAGCAUCCACCCCAAGCCCGCCAAUCUCCGCCUCCCCAAUGACCAGAACAGGGUAAUAGCCAUCAACUUAGCUUUGAAGUCAAAGCAUGAGGUUCGGGAACUCCGUGGGAAGCUUAUUUCUGAGCUAGAGCUGGUCCGUUCUCUUUUAAGGAGACUGGAAGCCCGGCAGACGCAACUUUCCAUGAACGACACUGCAAAAAUCGCCUCCCCCCCAGGGCAAAACAUGUCUCAGCUUUCUGGGAAUGAUGUUGGAGCUUCUUUACCCAUCAAAAGGGCGCCAGCUCUUUCAGAGACUGCUUCAGCAGCUGCCCCAACUCCAAUUCGCCGCCAAUUGACUGUUUCAAUUCCAGCUGCAGUAGGUGGAGAUAAUGGCAUUGUUGAUAUAUUGGAGAAGGAGAAGCGAACCCCAAAGGUCAAUCAGUAUUAUAAGAAUACAGAUUUUCUUCUUGGGAAGGAGAAGCUCCCACCACCAGAAUCCAUCAAGAAGGCAAGGGUGAAUGGGAUCAAGAAUGUAAUGCAGUCGAUGGAAAAUAAAAUCAACGAGCAGGCCUUUAAGAAAUGUGGUGUGCUGCUCUCGAAGCUUAUGAAGCACAAUCAUGGUUGGGUUUUCAAUACUCCUGUUGAUGCCAAGGCUCUUGGUCUCCCAGAUUACCACAAAAUUAUCACUCAUCCCAUGGAUCUAGGCACUGUGAAAUCCAGAUUGAGCAGAAAUUGGUACAAGGCUCCCAAGGAGUUUGCAGAGGAUGUGAGACUCACCUUCUGCAAUGCACUGACUUAUAAUCCAAAGGGGCAGGAUGUUCACAUCAUGGCUCAGCAACUUCUGCAGGUAUUCGAGGAGCGAUGGUCUAUAAUAGAGGCUGACUUAGCUUAUCUUAAUUCUCCACUAGCAAUGAAGAGGCCGCCACCUCUUGACAUGAAGAAGACUAUAGAAAGGUCGGAUUCCACCCUUAGUCCCUUUUCAGUAGAUUUGAAGACAAAAUCAUUGAAGCAGUUGACACACAGCGGACGACCUCUGGUAUCAAAGAAGCCCAAGGCCAAGGAUCCAAACAAGCGUGAAAUGACAUUUGAGGAGAAGCAGAGAUUGAGCAAUAACCUACAAAAUCUGCCUUCAGAAAAGCUGGACAUGGUUGUACAAAUAAUUAAGAAAAGGAACCUGUCAGUAAGCCAACAUGAGGAUGAGAUUGAGGUGGACAUCGACAGUGUGGAUACUGAGACACUUUGGGAACUAGAUAGGUUUGUAACCAAUUAUAAGAAAAGUCUGAGCAAGAUUAAAAGAAAGGCAGAACUUGCCAUUCUUUCAAAGGCAAAGCCUGAGCUGCAUGCCCAAAACAGGGAGCAAAGAAUGGUUUCUAAUUCUGCACCCACAGAUAUGCCCAGAGAAAGUAAGACAGUGACUGUUGAAAAAAUCAUUGCGUCUUCAUCACCAGCUGGAGGUACAAUGGUUGGGAAGAAUGAAAGCAGAUCAAGUAGUUCGAGUAGUUCGAGCAGUGAUUCUGGAUCAUCAUCCAGUGAUUCGGAUAGCGAAAGUUCCUCUAGAAGUAGCUCAGAUGGUGUACGAUAACCCGGAACAUUAGAUGUUUUGAUGGAGGUAAGCAUUUCAUUAUUAUUUUUUUGAACAAUUUCAAUAUUUUUGGUUCGGCUUUGUUUGGAUUGAAGCAA